GCGUUUGAGAUCGUCUCAAAUGUUCCAUCAUGCAUCAUUGUUCCACACUCUGCUGAGUGUCACACACUCCUGCUUCCUUUGAACUGGAGCCUCGUGUCUUGUUCUGAUCUGCAGAGCGGCGCAGUCGUGGUCCGGGAGAAGGCUGAAGUGGAGGCAGCCAAGGGCGCAGCGGAGGGCCAAGCUGGACGGCUGACUCAAGAAGCCGAGCGUCUGCGCAGGAGGGCGCAGGAGCUGGAAAAUGAAGUGGCCAAACUCAACCGAAUCAUCGAUGAGGCCAAGCUGCAGGAGAGCAGGCUUGGGGAUAGAGCUGGCCGACUGGAGAGAGAGAAAAAGCAACUGGAAGAGUCGUUGGCUGAAAUAAAGGAGCAAGAAGAGGAGAUGUCACGUGCCAACCGAGCGUUGACCAUCCGGCUGGAGGACGUGCAGAGGAACUUGACCAAACUGAGCAUUGAACACAAGGAGCUGGAGGAAAGGUUACAGGAGGAGAAGACCCAGAAGGAGCAGUUCAAGAACAUGAAGAAUGACAUAGAGGAUGAGAGGAGGCUGCUGGACCGUACAGUGGAGAAACUUCAGAGGGAGAUGAAUGAUAUUGUGGAGGCGUCGCAGUCGUCUACUCUGGAGCUGCAAGAGCAGAUCGACAUUUACAAGGAGAAGAACCGUCGAGAGCUGACGGAGCUGCAGAAGCUUCUGAAGGAGCGAGGGCAGGAGCUGGAGAAGUACCUGCUGACGACCAAAACCCUGCAAGAAGAGUUGUCACACCGGGAGGAAGACCUGCGGCAGUGUCAGAGGGAACGAGACGAGGCCGAGCUCAAGGAAAAGACUCUGGAGAAAAAGGUCCACGAUCUGGAAGCGGAGGCUGAGACGAACGCCAACGCUAAAGAGGACAAAUCCCGACACGUCAGGCUCAUGGAGGACAGGAUUGCUCAGCUGGAGUUGAACCUCGAUGAGGAGCGUCAGAGCGGAGACCAGCUGAUGGACAGGAUAGACCGAGGACGAGAGCAGGUGGAGCAGAUGAGGAAUGAACUCCUGCAGGAGAGGGCUAGCAGACAGGACCUGGAGUGUGACAAGAUGGCUCUGGAGAGACAGAAUAAAGAUCUGAAGAACAGAGUGGGUCAUCUAGAGGGUUCCCAGAAGUCCAGCAAAGAGGGGCUGGUAUCCCAGCUGGAGGAUCGCAUACAGGAGCUGGAGGAGAGGCUGGAGGGGGAGGAAAGGGAGCGGGCCAACCUGCAGCUGGCGAACCGCAGGCUGGAGAGAAAGGUUAAAGAGAUGAUGAUGCAAGUUGAAGAAGAACAUCAUUCAAUGCAAGAUCAAAAGGACCAACUGAAUCUGCGCCUCAAAGCCUUGAAGAGGCAGAUGGAUGAAGCUGAAGAGGAGAUCGACCGACUGGAGCACGGCAAGAAGAAGCUGCAGAGAGACCUGGACGAGCAACAGGAGUCCAACGAGCAGCUCCAGAGUCAGCUCAAAGCUCUGCGCAGCGAGAUCAGGCGUAAGAGCACUUCUGCUCCGCUGCUCAACAACCUGGACGACGACGACGACGACGACGACAUCAGCACUGACGGGGAAACGUACUUCAGCUCGUCCUCGGGGUACAAGCGCUCCUCCAGUCAGGACAACAUCUUGUCGACCUUCACUUUGUAAACAGACUCUGACGUGGGGAACAAAGCUGCUUUACACGCAUCGCUGUCGGACCAAACGGCUGGAGAUCCGUGCCACGUGCUUCUGUAGAUAUUACGCUGUGUGAAUAUGGAGAGACUUUGCGGCUACGUGAGAUAAACUGAAUUGUUUUUUUUUUUUGUGAAAAUCCUCACCUCAGCAGAGUUCAUUUAAUUCUCGGUGCAGCCUCGACGUCUGUAAAUUCACUCAGUAUUAUUUGAGCAGCUCUUUGAUUAAUGGGUGGGAUCGUUUUUGUCUGUCCCGUAGAAAUGACUUGUACAUACUGUUUAAUUUGAACACGUGGAGCCGUGCAUUCCGACCUUGUUAGCGCUGUGUUGUUAACUAAUGGAUCACACAUGCUUGUCAAUGAUUCUUCUAGCAUUAGUGAACUUGAAGACUCUCUUUAAUGCACUGUAAACCGACGCAACCAGUACUGCCUUCGUGAACCAUAUGAAGUUAUGACCACUUACUUUUUUUUUUAUGCCUAUCACUUAUGUUAAAUUUACAUACAGUAUCUGAAUAAUAAUUUUUGUAUCAUCCAAUUAAAUAAAAUAUAUUUACCUUUUUUUUUUUUCAAAAUGAAUGAAAAUCAAAUGUAUGAAGUGAGUUGGAUGUUUUUUGUUUUAUUUAUUCAUUGCUGAAGUUUUUUUUUUUUUUAGGGAACAAUAAAUAAGGGACUUUGUACAUGUCUUUUUUUUUUUACAGUUUUAUAUCAUUUGAUGACCAAUAAUUUGAGAUCAAUACAUCUGUAAUCAGGAUUGUUUUUGUCAUUUAUCACACAUGUUGCUUCUAAUAUCGUCUUCUGGGAAAGGCUGUUUGUAACAGACAACAAAGCAGCAAAUAUUAAAACCAUUUCCUCUCUGUUUUUAUAAAGGAAGUGCUUUGAUUUACCUUCUAUCUGGGUUUAUUUCUCUCCUGUCUGGGGGCAGUGUUAAUGCUGAACGCGGUGUAAAGCCUUACUGUCUGACUUCCUGUGUGUGUGUGUGUUUGAAUUGAUCCCUCGCGGCGCCGGUAUCGAACACGUGGCUCCUUCUCAGAUUCUCCUUGAACUGAAUGAGGGAAUUUCUUGAGAUAAACUGACAAUCAUUGUUUUGCGACACUGUGAUGAUUUGCACUGUGUGUUGGCUCUGUGCUCAGUCUGACGCCUGUCGGGGGGGGAGGGGGGAGUGGGUUGAGACAAAUUCCUGCCACUACCUCUCUGUACACAACUGUAUGUUUAUAAAUCCUGCUGAGACUAAAAUAAAGGUUAUUUCAGUUACGCUCACA